AUGUGCCUCAUCCAGUCUGUCCCACGUUGAGUCUGAAGCCCACCCACCACGGCACCCGCCAUGUCUCAAAUGCUGCACAUCGAGAUCCCCAACUUUGGGAACACAGUGCUUGGCUGUCUGAAUGAGCAGCGCCUGCUGGGCCUCUACUGUGAUGUGUCCAUUGUGGUCAAGGGCCAGGCCUUCAAGGCCCACCGUGCAGUCCUGGCCGCCAGCAGCCUCUAUUUCCGAGACCUCUUCAGUGGUAAUAGCAAGAGUGCAUUCGAGUUGCCAGGCACUGUGCCGCCCGCCUGCUUCCAGCAGAUUCUGUCUUUCUGCUACACAGGCAAGCUCACCAUGGCGGCCAGUGAGCAGCUCGUGGUCAUGUACACGGCAGGCUUCCUGCAGAUCCAGCACAUUGUAGAGCGGGGCACAGACCUCAUGUUCAAGGUGAGCUCACCCCACUGUGACUCACAGACCGCCAUGAUUGAGGAUGCCAGCUCAGAGCCCCAGAGUCCCUGCAACCAGCUGCAACCGGCCACUGCUGCCUACGUCGCAUCCCCUUCUGUGCCCAUCCCACUUCUGACCCGUGUAAAGCAUGAAGCCAUGGAGAUGCCACCUGCCACUGGCCUGGGCCUGGCUUCUAAGCGCCCACUGGAGACAGGCUCUCGAGAUGGUAUGGCAAUAGCCACAGGUGCUGUAGGGACACCUGGCACAGCCCCUCUGAAGCUGCCGCGAGUCUCCUACUAUGGUGUGCCAAGCCUGGCUACUCUCAUCCCUAGCAUCCAGCAGGUGCCCUAUCCCCAGGGGGAGCGGACCAGUCCUGGGGCCAGCAGCCUGCCCACCACUGACAGCCCCACCUCCUACCACAAUGAGGAGGAUGAGGAGGAUGACGAAGCCUAUGAUACCAUGGUGGAGGAGCAGUACGGCCAGAUGUACAUUAAGGCCACAGGAAACUAUGCAGUGCAAGAGAAGCCAGAGCCGGUGCCCCUGGAAAGCCGCUCCUGUGUCCUCAUCCGUCGAGACCUGGUGGCACUGCCUGCCAGCCUCAUCAGCCAGAUUGGGUACCGCUGCCACCCAAAGCUCUACUCGGAGGGUGAUCCUGGAGAGAAACUGGAGCUUGUAGCAGGUUCCGGGGUCUACAUCACACGUGGCCAGCUCAUGAACUGCCACCUGUGCGCAGGGGUGAAGCACAAGGUCCUGCUGCGGAGGCUGCUGGCCACCUUCUUUGACAGGAACACACUGGCCAAUAGCUGUGGCACUGGCAUACGCUCGUCUACCAGUGACCCCAGCCGAAAGCCACUGGACAGCCGAGUCCUGAAUGCUGUGAAAUUGUACUGUCAGAACUUCGCCCCCAGCUUCAAGGAGAGCGAGAUGAACGUGAUCGCUGCAGACAUGUGUACCAAUGCUCGCCGUGUCCGAAAGCGCUGGCUGCCCAAGAUCAAGUCCAUGCUGCCAGAGGGUGUGGAGAUGUACCGUACCGUCAUGGGUGCCUCAGCCGCCAGCCUGCCCCUGGACCCUGAGUUCCCACCUGCUGCUUCACAGGUGUUUGAGCAGCGCAUCUAUGCUGAGCAGCGACGAAGUGAUGCAGCCACCAUUGUGGCUCUGAGAACUGAUGCUGUGAACGUCGAUCUGAGCACCUCAGCCAACCCUGCCUUUGAGGCUAGUGAGGAGGUGGAUGGGGCAGGCUCGGUUAUCCAGGAGGUGGCUGCCCCUGAGCCACUGCCUGCUGAUGGCCAGAGCCCCCCUCAGGCCUUUGAGCAGGGCAACACCAGCUCCAGUAGGCCUCAGACACCAGUGGCCACAGCAACAAGAAGGCCAGAGGGCACCUAUGCAGGGACCUUGUAAGGGGCCGGCAAGGCCGACUCACAAGGGACCGAGUACUAAAGCUGCUUGCAUGCGUUACUAAUACAAACAAAUGUGAUCAAGCCACUUACCUACUGAACUGCUACUGCUGCCUGACAAAAAUGUGAUUUUUAUUCUGCCUGUAUUUAAAAUGGAUGAAGGAAACAAACGCAUUCAUUAUACUGUAAACAUUUAGGCCGCUGGCCACACUCUGGGAGGAAGGUCCCAGGGCGACUUUUUGAUAUUCCUCAGCUCAGUCUCCCAUGGUAGUGCUCUCCUCCCCCUUCUUGGGGAGGUAGAAGAGGCCACCAAGUCUUGGUGUCCGGCCCCAACUCUGCCUCAUCUACCCUUCCUAUUCCUCCUGCUCUGAAAGCGGAAGCUGGGGUAGUAGUGGCCUGUGGGUGGAGAGGCAGAUAUGACACUCCAUUUCUUACCCAUAAGGACCCCAGUGGGGCAGUGCUGGGCCCCCAGAGGCCAGAUUUCUCUUGUUUUCCUUCCUCCCAAGAAGCCAUGUGUGUGUGUGUGUGUGUGUGUGUGUGUGUGUGUGAGAGAGAGAGAGAGAGAGAGAGAGAGAGAGAGAGAGAGAGAGAGAGAAUAUGAUAGAGUGAGGGUGUAUGCAUGUACGUGUGUGCAGAGACCAAUGAUGGCCCUGCAGCAGUGGCUGUGGCUGGUCACCUGGGGGUGGGGGAAGGACAAGGUGUUCUCCCCAUACCCUGUUCUCACUCUGCUCCACCCAGACCCCCAGCGGCUGGCCUGCUGACCCCCCCAGGGUCUCCAUGCCCCUGGCCAUGGCUGCCAUCACCACCCUCUGCCUCCCCAGCCACUCUGGGAUUUUGCUUGUUUGCUUGUUUAGUUCAGAUCUAUUUUGUUUGUGGUUUGGAGACUUUCCUUCCAACAGAGGGAAAAAAAAAUCAGUGAGGGACUAAUGUCCCUGUCCCCAGUCUACCACAGAUUUGGGUGAAUACAGGCCCAUGGACCCCCAGCUUGGCCUCCAUUGGAGGCAGAGGGGGCCCAGGAAAGAACAGCUAGCCAUAUACAGCCAGGCUCAGCACCUGUGGGCCUAGCUAGCAGGACUCUGCUGCCUGGGGUGCGCUUAUUGCUUACUGUGGGUACCUGUGUAGUUGGCAGCAGGCACAGGCCUGGGCUGGAGUAGUAGGCAAGUGUGGAUCUCAUUGGGGACCAGAAAGUUAGAAAAUCAUGAGGGUGGUACCUGAUGGAGGGGCUUUGAGGACAGCUGGCUGGCUUGAAGCUGUGUGGGAUAUACUCCUGAGGCCACUUACCCAAAUGUCUCUUCUUGGACUCUUGUCCAGAGAAUGCCUGCUUACCGGCAAAGCCAAGCAGCUCCUGAAGUGCCCAAGGACACCUACGAUUCCAAACUUGAAAGGUCUAAUGUUCCCUGUCCCUCUAUAUAUCUUUAAUUUGCUGCCCUAUGAUAUCCUCCCUGUGUGCCCACAGGUUGGGCAGUCUUUCCCCAUCUGGAGGGCCAUGGUAGGAGAGCCUGAGGUGCAAUUUAGACUCCUUCUGUGCCCCCCCUUUUGCUGGCACUUCCCUGCCUUGGAGUGGCCUCACAGGUAUCCCCCAUACUGUGCUAACUAUAAGUACAUGUCUUCCUCCUCUUCUGAAAGACCUGUGGUCAGGGAAAGGGACAUCAUGGCAGGCACCAUGGGAACUGACCUGAGCCCCUCUCCCUGCUCCUUGGUAACCCAAGGCCUGCAUUCCUGGGGCAAGUACAGAGGCUAGCUAAUAUCCAACUCUGGAACUAGCCACCCGGAGAUGGAUCUCUCACCUCUCCCAUUCCCAUCUUAGUCCUAGGUAGGUUGCAGCCCCAGCCAGCCAUUUAGUGACUUGGACCAAACCCUCCUGGUGCUGGGAGAAGACCAUAGAACUGUGGAGGGUAUGGCAGGAUUGGGGGGCGGGGGGCUGUGCCCUUUGCCUCUGGAAUCUUCCUUCAUCUUUCCCCACCCGAAUCUGCACUUUAAUUUGACCACCCCUGGGGACCUUUGGGAGACAGACCCACCUAUUUUGGCUGGUGGCAGAAGGGCUCUCUCUCAUCCCUCCACUCCAAGAUGGGCCUGGUCCCCACCCUGGGCCAGCAUAGGGAGGGUGUCACUGGCCAAUGGAGGAGUCAGUGGCCUCACAGAAUGUCUGACCACUGCUCGGGCUAGCACAAUGUCCUCAACCUCUGUCCCUUAAUGUUUAUAAUUGCCAUCUGUUUCGUUCUAGGUAAGGAAGGCAAGAGCUAUAGGUAAAACUUCAAUAAUAUUAAUUAAAUGUGAAUGGAUUCUGAGCUCUCCCUGUGCCCCAGGUGGGCCAGGCAGAGCGUUUUGCACUAAUGUGUCCCAUGGUGGACGUGGUGGGGAGCGUUUGCAGACAUGCAUGGCCAAUGACUGUACCUGCUGGGGGGGCACUCCCUCUGCAUCCUGAAUGUACUGCGAGGCAGGCGGGUGGCAGGCCUGGGCUCCGAGGGGCCUUCCAGAGUGCCUUAGCAUCUUUUGAUUAUUUUUUCCAAGGAAAACCAAUUUAAAAAACCAGACUCCCCCUCCUUUGUUUACAAGAUGACUAAUUCCAGAAUCGGGGCUGUCUUGUCCUGCCACGUGACCCUGACUUGUCCAGACCCUAUAAAUGAGAUCCUCUCAGUAUUCGUCGGAUGUCUGCACCUCUGUUCCUAGCUUGACUACUAGCAAUAUGCAUAUACUAUGUAGAGUCUAUUGUAGAAACUUGCUACAUCAGCAUCUUUGCCAUGAGGACAGUUGGGACCGGAUUGUGUUGGAGCUUCUGGAGCAGGGCUGGAUCGAGCCAUCACUCUUCUGCCCUCCCCAAGCAAACAACCGUCCUGGAGGCAGCCAGGACCAAGUACAGUGGGUCCAGGGCAAGGGACCAGAGACAGGGCUGAUACUGUGAGCUUGGAGGGGCUGCCUGCCUGCCUGGCUGUCUCAGUACUUGAAUUCUGUCUUGUUUUCUAUACCAGUUGCUCCAGCUAGUGUCUGAUUUGGUGUCUUAAUUUUGCCCUUGAAUGUGGAUGCAGCGGUGUGUGAAAGGCAAUCGAGGCAAGAACCUGAGUGUCCUGCAUAGUGUGACUGCAGGUCUGGGCCUCCAGGAAAACUAGCUGUGUGGCUUUUGUUUAGAGCCCAGAGGAAGGUAGAAGGAAGGGUCUAUGAGGGACUGGCAAGCUAGCAGGGACUGUCCCCUCCAGGGACUGUGGGGUGCCUGGUGCUACCUGGUUCAACAGCAGGAACCUCCUGUGUCCAGUGCUACCCCUGUCCUGCCCUGCCCCACCCCAUCCCAUUGUGCCCUGCUUGGGUUCUCCAAAGGUGGUCAUUCGUAGCUGAAGUAGAAAUGGCAGAUGGCCCACCAACCAGCUGAACACUCUUAGAAUCUGUUUGCUGUGGAUCCCAAAUUGGAAUGGUGAGCAUGCAACAUCUCAACUUUAGCCACAGCUGCUAUGGGUUCUGCGUGAUAUCAGCCAUCCCAGCCUGUGCUGCUGAAGAAGGGCUUGGUACAAAGUGUUGUAAGAAUGGCAAAGGUGUUUGCUUUUGUUUUGUUUUGUUUUCCUAGAAAAGGAAAAGGAUGCAGGACCUAAAGCAUUCUGGUUGAGUAGCCUCUACUUGUGUCCCAUCAGUCGCCUCGUUGCAUCGUUGCAAGUGUUUUGCACACGAUUGUGAUUUUUAUGUCAAAAGAAGCCAAAAUUUGCAAUACUAUUUUUAGCAGACAAAAAGAGAAAAAAGUAUCAAAUGUAUAAAUAUUUUUGACUUGAAUGCUCUGGGUGGCUGUGGGUACAAGGAGAACAUUCGUCCCUUCAGUGGGAUGUUUGGAGAAAAGGACCUAAGAGAGGAUUGUUUUGAAGGCACUGUCUAGGGGUUAAAGUAGCAUCAUAACUCAUGACUGUUAGAAAAUAAGUUAAUAAAAUCAGUUGCUCCCCUACCUCUAAGGAGGGCUUCACAGAACCACUGAGCUAGAGCAGAUGCCACAUCUUGGCUUCCUUUUGUUUUGGAGAGGAGGAGGCCUUUGUUUUGUCCCUCCAGCAUCCUCCUCUCUUUCUGUGCUGUGACCCCGUAGUGACAAGACUGUUACUUUGUAGCCAUGGCUGACAACAUUGUAUCAAUAACUAAAACCACGGCAAUUGUGGGCAAGCUGACCAGGGAAACCCAAGAGCUAUGAGCCUGUGCUCAGAGCUGUUUCAGAGGUGGAAGUCCAUGACAAACAAAAGGAUGUCAUCAUUAAUUGUAAAGCGCUUUGUAAAAUUCACAUUUACAGAAUAAUAAAGUCAAUUCAAACCCA